AUGGUACCAUUAGCCAGCCGUGGUCCUGCGGGUAUCCGGAGAAAGUUGUCCGAAAAAGUGACUCUUCAUUACGAGUUGGGGAUCCUUGAAGCCAAUCUCAGCCCUGAUACCUACACGGACACAGCUCCGGAUAUAAGUGGAUCCGCCGCGUGGGGAGCAUUCGAGGAAGUCAAUACUUAUGCUAUAGGGAUGGUCAGCGCUUUCAGCCAGCUCGCUGUCACCAUGAGAAGUAUAGAUUCAUCGCACGGCCCUGCACUCUUGUUGCUGAGCCUAGGGAGGCCCCUUAUCAAGGAGAUGUUUGCUAGGUCGCUCUGGGAGAAAGUGUGCUUGGUCUGGAUCAAUAACGCUGUAUACCUGCGUACCAAGGCUAUCGAAGCACUCGGAACCGCUUCUUAUCGACAAGACGUUAUCUGUGGCGAUCUAAAGGAUUGGAUUAUCUCGGAAAUUCAAGAUGGAAAGGAAAAGCUAGGCGAUUGGCGGGAUGCUAUCUGCCUACUAAUGUCCUUAUCGAACCCGCGUAGCCUCUCGGUGGCUACGAUGGCCAUCCUCCAAUCGUCCCUAUCGGCGCUUCGUGCCAACAUUUCAAAGAUACUGGAGAACGGUGAAACAGUGGGGGAGGCCCUUGCACUUCUCAUCUCAUUACACCACCGACUCGAUGAGGCCGCCGCUAAGCCCGAACCGAGUCUCUCUUACCCACCGUAUGCUUCAGGCGAGUCGGGAAUGAAGUUCGAACUGCGGAAUCUGUCCUAUUCCUAUCCAGGGAAGGAGAAUUCCGUCAAGGCACUCGACAACCUUGACCUGACAAUUCCAGGCGGAAGCGUGGUGGUGGUCGUUGGUGCUAACGGAAGUGGAAAAUCGACGUUGAUCCGAAUCCUGUCCUGUUUGAGCGCACCUACGUCUGGAGAAUUCUUGAUCGACGAUCACCCGGCCAAGGACUACAAUUUAGGACAUCUUAGACAGGCAUCCGUCAUUCUCAGCCAAGACAGUCGACUUUAUCCUCUUUCAUUGGCAGAGAACAUUGGCUUAGGCCAUGUCGCUCUCAAGGAGGACAUGGACCUAAUCAAAGAGGCGGCUGAGAAGGGUGGGGCUGCAGAGUUCAUAUCCAAGUUGGAUAGAGGCUACGAGACAAAUCUUCGACCUCUUCAAUUCAGUUCGGUGCUCGCCUAUAACCUCCCAGAGGACGAUAGCCACCCUAUCAACAUCAAGCAACGGAGAGUGUUCCAACGCACCAACAUAUCGGGGGGAGAAUAUCAAAGGAUAAUCGCUGCACGCUCGUUUAUGAGGCUACGCUCAGGGAAGAUCAAGUUCAUUGCUGUGGAUGAGCUCCGCCCUGGAUGCUGA